AUGACAUUCUCUGAUGGCUGGGGCAAACGAUCUUCACCUUUGAAACCAUUUUCCGCAGGAGAUGACAGUAAGUUUUGUAUAUUGUAGUUAAUGUUGUUGAGGGUAGUUCCCGAUACUAUAAGCAACCUUACCGUAGUAACAGUUGUAUUAUGCAUCUAUAGGUGCCCAUAAAAUAGCUAUUAAAGUUCGUUUCAAAAAUGUUUAAUGAAUGUCACAAUUACUUUAACUUCAGAUGGUAUCAACUCUAAUCCCUUGCUAGACAAAUGUAACACCGAGUACUCCCAGACCCUUGUCCAACUACACCACAAAAUUAUGGUAAGUCUAACUCACCAAACAAAGAUGUAAACCAAGACCAACAACUACGAAAACCUUUUUCCUUACUGUAUGUUACAGUAAUUUUUAAAAAUUUCUUGACAUACUAUAAACCCUAGACAAAAGCAAGGCUUUACAUUACAACAAGCAUAUUUAAAUUGCAAUUCCAGAAGUUAUACGACAACUAUGAACAAUGUCAAAACCGCGCGCUGAAUGGAGUCGGUCGUCAGCAGUGA